CCGCGAAGUCGCGUCGUUAGCGAUCUAUCCAGACCACUGUGCUAUCGAUCUCAGUAUCCGUCGACUUCCUCCUCCUAUCACUCACAUCAUCUCUGCGCAGAAGGCCGAGCUCGCCGGCGCGCACAAUGGCGCAAGCAGCGAGUGCAGAGCCGGCUGCAUCCAAGCCAGAACAAUCCGACGAGGCGCAGAUCGAAGUGAAAACAGAAGCGAAGGAGGAAGACACCAGAGACGAGAAAGCGCACGCUGAGGGAGAAGCGGGAGAAGAACAGGAUGAUGCAGAAGCGGGCGAAGGACAGGAUGGCGCAGAAGUGGAAGAAGAACAGGAUGGCGCAGAACGGCCGGUCUCGAAUGAACAGUACAAGGCGCUCAAGAAUAUUACCGACGUCUUGACGAACCAUAAGAUAAAACUCAAGGGAGAUGAAGAUCAUUUCCCUUCCAUGCUGUUCAGACGUAUCCCCAACAGACGAAAUCUUCCCGAUUACCACGAAAUCAUCAAAGACCCUGUGGCACUCAGUACGCUUAAGGGCAAGAUACAGAGAAAGCAGUACACAGGAAUCCCCGAGUUUGUGCGCGACUUUGCACUCAUUGUCCACAACGCCCAGAUAUACAACCGGCCGAAUUCUGCCCCGGUGCGGGAUGUAUUUGAGCUGCAGAAGGUGUUCAAGGAAGAAUUACAGAAGUUGGUUGAUGAGGGCUUGGUCAAACAAGAAGAAACGGUCUUCCCAGAUCUCGGCGAAAUACCAGCUGCCACUCCCGAGCCAGAUCCAGUAUCUGAAGAAGAAGACAAUGAUGACGCCCAAGAGGACGACGAAGAAGAUGAGGAGGAAGGCGAUGACUCAGACGACGACCGACGCAGACGAAAAAGUCGGAAGGGCGGGAGGGCAAGCAUUUCGGGACGCAAAGGUGGCGAGGAGACCGACGAGAAACUUAAUGAAGGCGAUCUUCACAAGCGUCGAGGACGGCCGCCCAAAGUGGACACACCCAUGGAAGCCAGGAUCAAAGCGAUCUUGAAAGGCAUUCGCAAGCCAAAGGACAAAGCAGGUAACAUGAAAAUUCGUCAUUUUGAGCGACUACCCGAUAAGACGGAGUAUCCCGAAUAUUUCCUUGCUAUCAAGGAUCCUAUCGCCGUGGAUACGAUUAAGAAGAAGGCCAAAAGGAAAAAGUACCAGUCUUUGGAACAAUUCAUGAAGGAUCUUGACUUGAUGUUCAACAAUGCAAAACAGUUUAACGAAGACGGCAGCGAGAUUUAUCAGGACGCGGUGGAGUUGCAGGCUGAAGCACACAAGCUUCUCGAGAUCGAGAAGGCCAAGCCAGACGAGGAGUACCUCAUGGAAGAUGGCCGGCGACCGUUGCCAUCUGGAAUUCUUCACAAAAACGAGCUCUGGAAAGUCGGUGAUUGGGUCCAUAUUCAAAAUCCUAACGACGUGACCAAGCCAAUUGUGGCCCAGAUUUAUCGGACCUGGGAAGAUCCGGAAGGUCAAAAGUGGAUCAAUGCUUGCUGGUACUAUCGUCCGGAGCAGACGGUCCACCAGUACGAGAAACACUUCUUCCCCAACGAGGUCGUCAAAACCGGCCAAUAUCGAGACCAUCGAAUUGAGGAAGUCGUCGACCGGUGUUUUGUGAUGUUCUUCACGAGGUAUAGCCGAGGCCGUCCUCGGAACAUCGAUCCUACCAAGGAGGUGUACGUGUGCGAAGCAAGAUACAACGAGGAAAAGCACAAGUUCAACAAGAUCAAGACUUGGGCCAGCUGCCUACCCGAUGAAGUGCGCGACAAGGACUACGAGAUGGAUCUAUUUGACACGCCUCGGAAGAUCAAGAAAGUCCCUAGUCCGCUGAAGCACCUUCUGAAGGACGAUAUGAAGGAGACCGAUGAGACGCCGUCGCCUACAUGGGGUCAUCCCAAUGCACCUCCUAUCAUCGGCGCGAUUCACAAGCAGCCUCGCGAUGAAAAUCAAUCGCCACCGCCUGAGCCAACACCACCACCUCCCCCGACUCCUCCACCACAACCAGUGCGGCCACCGUCGGCGUCCACAAUGCAAAACAUCCAAUCUCGACCCAGCAUGGACAGACAGACCAGUACCGGUUCCGCCGGCAAUCUCCAGCCUCAACUCACGCGGCCAUCUCCCUCAGUAGCCACGCCUCAUAUGGCUGCGUCAUAUCCGAAACAAUCCAUCUCCCCCGCUCCUCAAUAUGGCCACCGCCAAACCCUAUAUCAGCAACCACAACAUCAACAUCAACAUCCACAAUUACAGCCAAACAUCGCUCCCCAGACUCCUAGUACCCCACAACAACAACCUUUGCCCUCCUACGUGCCGCAGCAACAAUUACACCCUCCCCCACCGAACCUAGCCACAGCCGCCGCGGCACAUCAUACUGCCCCUUACGGCCCCGGCCACGCCAGCACCCCUGUUGCCCCAAACUAUGUUCGGCCAACACAAGUGCAACAACAACCUGCCAUGUAUGCUCAUGCUCCGAACGCCGUCGGUGUUGGGGAGCAGCGCGCCAGCGAAGUCUAUGUCCUCUCCGAGCUGGCGAAUGCAAGUAUUCCCAAGCGGAUCCGAGAUCGAUUCCCACAAGACGAUCAGGGUCGGAUCUUGUUCUUCACCAAACCGCCUGUCAUUCAUGACUGGACUGUCAGAGGGAGAGAUGGCGAGCCGCUUGUCCAUACAGAAAAGUAUUUAGCGGCAAAGGUUGAGCGGGACAAGAUCAUCGCUACCCGCAAGCGCGCACGACAGGAUGACAAGGUCAAGGUCGCCGCCGCCUCUUCUUUCAAACGAGUAAAGGAGACGAGGGGGCCUGCAGUGGCAUGAAAGGUGCCGCACCGGAACACUUGAAAGUUGUACUACUAGUGUUGAAUUCCAUACAAGUACAGUAAGUGACGAGAUCAUGGAGCUUUGGGAGAAUAAGGUACGGCACAGUUGUACUACUACUAGUAGUAGUACCGGGUACUGGUUUUAUUCGUAGCAGGGCGCUGUCUGGGAAAAAAAGGGUUCAUGCGUGUUACUACUACUAGGGAUCACGUAAGAAUUCAAGAAAAGGAAACGUUUGAGCAUUGUACUUCAACUCGUAUCCAGCGCUCCCCCCAGUCGCUCGAAUCGAGCAUCUCUCUCCCGCUUGAGGUCGUCCAGCUCGGCCUGUGCCCGGUUGACUUCGGCCCUUGAAGCCUCCAAGUCAGGCGGCAGGCCAUGGAAGGCACGAAUGCGAGAUUCCAACACGGUGAUCAGGGCUCUCUUGCGCCGCAGCGAGUCCUUUUUCGCCAAAAGAGCGGCCACCAAGUCGGACUCCUUGCCGCCGCCUUGUGACUCCUGGGCCGCCGCCUGUCGCUCUAGCGCGGCGAUGCGGUCUUUGUACUCUGCGCAUUUGAUGGCUAGCUGUUUAGUUUCGCGCUGGUGUUGGAGCGUUUGUUCGUGCAGCCGUGCGUAGUGGUCCGCUGCUGCGGUUUCUGUUGUUGUUGGCGUCGUCGGCAAGGGAAUCGGUAAUGCUGAAGUUAGAGGGAAAGAAGCGGACUCUGGUGGUGAAGAAGUGGAAGCAGAGAGGUGGUUGUUGUCAGAUGAGGGCACUGUCUCCCGUACGAAGUUGGCAGUGGCUUGUUGGAUGUGUGAGAUCUGGCGGUUCAGAGUAGAUGUUAAUUCGUCGAUUGAUGUGAUUUGGGUCUCGAGAUCAAACAUUUCCCGUGUAAGGUUGAGGAUUCGGGAUUGUAAAGCCUCAAUGGAACUGGGGGGAUCCGAGUCCGACUGCAAGGGACAGCCCAGCAGAACGGCAGAUUUGGCGAGAGACUCGAGAGCUUGCUUUGAUGGCGGUGGAAGUGAUGAUUCUAGUAGACGGGAGAGGGACUCUCCAUCCAAAGUCGGCCGCGGUCCGGCGGUCCCCAGUUCUUCUUUCUGAGCUGCUGCU